AUGAACCACCCUUUGCAUCGCGAUCAUGCUAUCCUCACGAUGCAGCAGAAGCCGUACUGUGAUGAACGCGUGAUAAUAGAAUGGAUCGAUGAGAUGCAUGCAAUCACAGGGGCAUAUUGCUAG